AUGUUGGCUGAGUUGGAAGGUCCAAAGACAAAUGGAUCAGACGGACCGUGGACGUCCUCCAUCAUUAUCAGCAAUACCAAACAAGCAGGGACUCAGCACAAGCACCAGCGGCGAGUGCCCGUUCAGAGAAGCUGCUUUCUGGGCCUGGAAACCAAGCCGGAGCUGCUUUGGGAGGACUGGCUUCAGGGCAGAGAAUACACCAAGUCGCUAACGUUAAAAAACAUUAGCCUCAAGCUUCAGAAACUCCACUUGAGACCUCCAUUGACUAAAUUCUUCAGCAUCUCUAGUUCCUGCAACCUCGCUGUGAGCCCAGGGACGUCUUUGACCAUACUGAUCACUUUCAAACCUGCGGAAAAGUGUAAGUACGAGGACAGCCUUGAGUUUGAGGGCAAAGAUGGUCGCUUCCAAGUGUUGCUUCGGGCCGUGGUUCCGUAUCCGGCUUUGGAAGUGCCCGAAGCCGUUCUCCUUCCACUCUGUGCGGUGCAUCAGUCCGUUACUGCGACUUUUCUGCUGAAGAACCUCAGCAAGCUCCGCACGUACUUCAGCUGGGAGUGUCCCGAACCAUUUCAAGUGAGUCCCGAGGAAGGCGUGCUGAAGGCCAGCCAGGAGAUUUCGCUCCUGGUCCUGUUCCAGCCGCAGCAGGCGCUGUUGUACAACAAACGCGCCUUUUGUCGUUUUGGGGAGGAAGGAGAUCAAGCCGAGUGCUGCGCCACGCUGCGACUUCAGGGAGUGGGUACUGACAGCGCUCGAAUGUGCCAACAGCUGAUUCGGAAUGAUUCACCUCUUCCUUUGCGUCUGCUCUUGUGGAAAGCCAAGUACCCGUGUCUUCAGUUGAGAGGCCCGAGUUGGAGAGCGGAUCAACAACACGGCGGCCCCGUGGUUAACUUUGGCUCUGUCGCCGUCGGGCAACGUUUGCAGAAAUGUUUUGACAUUUGUAAUCCCUCGCAUGUGACUGCUUUUUUUUCCCUGACCCGCCUUUCGGGAGGGGUGCCCCUGUUGGGGUCCGACUUUGUCUGUGAUGUCACCAGCGGUCGAGUGGCCCCAGGCGCAAGCGUGACGGCCAAAGUCGCCUUUGCGCCGACUGUCGCCGGUUCCGUCUCUGUUGACUAUUUGACUGCGGAAUGCAAAGGGGCGCUCAACCAAACGGUGCUCAAGCUCAUCGGGCACUGCGCAGGUCCCAAGUUGUCUUUUUCUUCAUCGGUGGUUGACUUUGGCUGCGUCCGAGUGGGAGCCGCCGCGUCGCAGACGAUGGAGCUGAUCAAUUCUUCGUGCGUCCAGGCGACCUUCCAGUGGGACCUCGACUGCGCCGGGCACAGCGUGUUCAGCAUCCAACCUCAGUGCGGCACCUUAGCCCCCAAGAGCCGUGUCGCGCUGACGGUCACCUACCUGCCCACCGUGCCUUUUGCCCAUCGCAGAAGCGUGCCCUGUUUCAUACUGCACGGAGAUCCGUUGUUCCUGGACCUGAUUGGUACGUGUCACUCAGAUCUCCAGAAACCGGCCGUCCUUAAACCAGAACAUUUAGCAAGCGGUCCAGAUGAUUGGUCGGACGUCAUUAGCGCCCUACUGCCAAGCAACAGCACGCAGCUAGAUCCGCAAGCGUUCUGCAUAUCUGCGACCGAGAAAUCAAGCCGCCUAUCCAAUAUCUCGACGGCGCGGUCCAUGACUCCCAGGGAAGACAGCGACGAAGCGGAUUCGCUGUCUUCAUCGUCACCGUCCACACGCGUGUCGGUGGCGCCCAGCGAGCUGCUGUUUAAUCAGGUCACCACCUCCGUGCCCACGUCGACAUCCUCGUCACUUUCUCAGGGCGUGGCCGUCACCAAUAACUCCACUGCCAAAAUCACCCUGGUGUGGACCAACGCCCGCGACUCUCCAUUCUCCAUCUCUCCGUGGACAUGUGACCUGUCCCCGCUCAAGUCCACCUCGUUCAGAGUGACUUACAACCCGAAGGAACGCAACGCGCUGCACGCGGCUCAACUCGAGUGCUUCGCUGUCCAGCUAGCUAGCGGGGGGCAGAUAAGUCCACCCUGUUGCGUCAUCGUCCGAGUCAUCGGACACUCCUUUGAGCGUGGCAAAGAGCACUUCUACCCACAAUGCUCUCUCGAGCCAAGUACAGUGGAGUUUGCGGGCCUUAACGUUCGAACCUAUAAGACCUUGCUCCUGCGCAAUCACGGCGAGCAUCCGCUCACCUUCUGCCGGAGCCUCAACGAAAGCGUGGACCCCGCGGCGGAAGCGUCGGUGUCCAUCGUGCCGAGGUGCGGCUUGCUCCUGCCCGGGGCUCACCAAAUCCUCACCGCCAUCACCGCUCCCAAGGAAGACUCGCCCCCGGAGGGAAUCAAGCUGCGCCUGCAGCUUAAUUCCAGCCAAUGCACAAAGGAAAUUACGGUUAUCAGCAAACUGGAGACCAUCAGCGUGUCGUUCGAGGGAGGUGGCAUCAUAUAUUUCCAAGAUACAUCGGUGGGCUCGCCCAGCAAGCGGACGCACCUCAUCAGAAACGUCUGCCGCGUUCCUCUCGGCUUCCGGUGGAACAUCCGCUACUUGGACCAACAUCUCAUCUCCGUUCAGCCGGAUGCCGGCGAACUGCAAGUGAAUGAGAGCGUGCAGCAGAAAUGGUCUUUUAAUCCAAAGGAAGAGAAAACGUAUGUACUUCAACCCGCGCUGAGCUUCUGGCCCCUUGAAAACCCCGGCUCGAAAAAUUCCAUCGUCACCCUCCAAGUCAUGGGAAAAGGCGCCAAAGGUUCCAUCCAGGCACUUACAGAAAUCUUUGAGAUGGGAGAGACGCUGGUGGGACGUGCUCAGUCGCUUGACAUCCCCCUGGUGAACAACAGCACCUGCUCCAUCUCCUUCCGAAUUUGCAUUGAGCAGACGCUGCGAGACGAGCAACCUCAUCAGGACUUUCAACCUGCCGCGACCGCAUUGCAACUGGACUGCACGGGGGGAACCGUGGCCUCGCGCUCCACCUUCAUGCUGCGAGCCACGUUUCGGCCCGAUCGCCAAGCCCGCUACCGCUGGACCAUCAGCUACCAGACACUGAGUUGCAGCGGUACAUCCGGAAAGCACCAAACACACACGUUGCUCCCUUCUCAUUUGGUCUCUCUCGUCCAAGGUGUGCUGCUGUCCCCUCCGCAAGAGGUGUGCGAGGUGCGGGCCAACGGCGUGUUCCCCAUCGCCCAGGUGAGCGACGUGGGCAGCGGCGGCGUGGCGGCCUGGCUCAACAAAUCCUACGUGUGGAAGCUGCUCUCGGUGGACAGCCUCAACGCGCAGCUGCUCUCCAUGCCCUCCCCCGUGGAGCACACCUAUAGGAACCCGAGACGGCACAGUAUGCGCACGUACCCGUCCAUCCUGAUCAAAGCCAUGCUGGAUUUCAACUUUGGCGCGGCGCCGCUGAAUUCCGAGCCGUCCACUUUUGCCGUGGCGUUUCACAACCCCGGCAGCAUCCCCGUCGAGUGGACCUUUUUGUUCCCAGACGACCAACAGGUGGACUUCAAGCACUGGAGUCGGGGCCAGGAGUUGGGUCGCAACGAGCUCGAACUGAUGCAGAUCGGGGAACUUUUCAGCGUUUCGCCCCUUUCGGCCACUCUGCUGUCCGGAGAGCAGAAAUCGGUCCAGUUCACCUACAGCCACGCGGUUGCCGGGACGCAUCAGCUGCCGGUCAUAUUGAAAAUAUCACACGGCCGAGAGAUCUUGCUGCUCUUGCAAGGCGUGACGGUGGAGCAAGAGAGAGCCUAUCUGUACUUUUUAUCCAGGCAUCAUGUUUUCACUCCCAUCAUGACGGGGGGGUUGACGCCUCCAUUGCAGGUGGGAGACGUGGAACGUGGCUCGCCACGAAACCGGGCCGACGCGCGUUUGUCUUUGCAGACGUACGAGCUUUACAACGGCGGCGACGUUCCCGUCCAUUACGAAGUGGACGGCGACGUGCUGUCGCAGCUGCAAGAGAGCAACUUCAAUCAGCCGCUGCUGAGCUGCCUCAACCCGGCGGGAGUCGUCCUACCCGGGAAGACGGCCAAGCUGGAAUUCAUUUUCUCCCCGCUGGAGGCCAAGAUGCACAGCAUGGACGUUCCCAUUCACAUCCGACACGGCGAAACCGCCACCGUGAGGUUCGAGGGCCUCGGCUUCGAUGCUCACGAAGACGUGUGGCCGAGCGGUGAGAGCACACCCGCCGCCCGAGUGCGCAGGAUCGCCCUCCCCGGGCAGCGUGCAUUCCUUUCUGCGGACAAUAUCGCUCUGGGGGAGCUGCCGGUGUGCUCGCAAUCUUCCAGAAUCUUCUUCCUCACCAACGUGUCCUCUGAAGAAAUCUUCUUUAAAUGGUGCUUGACUCAGGUGAUCCGGAUCCAGCCUAAACAAGGCCUCCUGCGUCCGGGAGAGCGCAUCAUUUGUGUGCUGACCUUCAUGGCCACCGACUUCCCAACCGUUCAUUAUCUGGACAUCGUCUGUCAGCUGACCGAGCAGGCGGCGCUGGUGCAAUAUUCGGCCUCGCUGCAGCUUUGGGAGCAGGAACGAGAGCAGCGGCAACACGAGUUCACCAUCACCGAGCGGGACCUGGCGGAAAGCCGAAAAGUUCCCAGCGACAAGGUCUCGCCGCAGACGCAGCUGGGCAAAUACAAGACGCUUCCGCCAAUUUGUAGCCGGGUAGCGCGAGCGGAGCAGCGGGCUCAGGCCGAAGCCGACAAACUGGCCAAACGCCCGACGCUACCUCAGCCUUCGUUGCUGCAUCUGGAAGUGACGGCGCGCACCUACCGCUGGCAGGAAUACCUCCGAUACUUCCCCGACCGAUUCAAUCAUCUCUUCAGGUGCUUCCGAACCAUCAAGCCUUUGAGGCCUAAACUAUUGUGCAACACUCUACUUCAAGAGGGACGCCCGUUGCAGAAGCUGGGCCCCGAGCGACACUUCCUCGAGCAUAUUCUCACUUCUCUCAUCAGGAGCAUACUGGAUAACGAGGCCUUUUCGCAGUCUCUGCUCACUUUGGCAUCCAAGCCGCUUUUCUACAAGCCCAAAGUCAUCUUCUCCGCUCCUUCGUCAAUACCGCAACCCCUGAUCGGGUUGGAGGAGACAAAUCCCGAACUGCACUUCAGCGCCGACGGCUCGGCAGCGGCGGGAGGCGCCAAGCUGAGAAUGGGGCAGUGCGCUGAGCGCAUACCGGUGGACGUGUUGAACGAUAUCUUACUCAACACCCUCCAGAACGUGAUGAUGGAGGCCGUCAGAGGAGAGCUGGACCUCAUCGAGUCUUCGCCAAAUGUCUCGAUCAGAUCCAGGAGGCACGCCGGUGGCAAAGUCAAGAAGGACGACAAGGAGACAAGCCCAAACACAGCAACGCCGGCUGAUAAAAGCUCGUCGUCAACAGAGCAGCACACAGACACAAGUUAA